GCCUCAGGAAGAAGAACCUGUCCCCAGGAGCUGUGGAAUCCGACGUCAGGGGGAUAACUGGGGUGGAUUUGUUCGGGACGACAGACGCGGUGGUGAAGCACGUCCUGGAGGGCCACGACCGUGGGGUGAACUGGGCUGCCUUCCACCCCACCAUGCCCCUCAUUGUGUCAGGGGCUGAUGACAGACAAGUGAAGAUCUGGCGGAUGAAUGAAUCAAAGGCCUGGGAGGUUGACACGUGCCGUGGGCACUACAACAAUGUCUCCUGUGCUGUCUUCCACCCACGGCAGGAGCUCAUCCUCAGCAACUCUGAAGACAAGAGCAUCCGUGUCUGGGACAUGUCCAAGCGCACGGGGGUCCAGACCUUCCGGCGGGACCACGAUCGCUUCUGGGUGUUGGCUGCUCAUCCCAACCUCAACCUCUUUGCUGCAGGGCACGACGGGGGCAUGAUUGUCUUCAAGCUGGAGCGGGAGCGCCCCGCCUACGCCGUGCACGGGAACCUGCUCUACUACGUCAAGGACAGGUUCCUCCGCCAGCUGGACUUCAACAGCUCCAAGGAUGUUGCUGUCAUGCAGCUGAGGAGUGGUUCCAAGUUCCCCGUGUUCAGCAUGUCCUACAACCCGGCCGAGAACGCCGUGCUGCUCUGCACUAGAGCCAGCAACUUGGAGAACAGCACCUACGACCUCUACACCAUUCCCAAGGACGCCGACUCCCAGAAUCCUGACGCCCCCGAAGGGAAACGUUCCUCUGGGCUGACAGCAGUGUGGGUCGCUCGGAACCGUUUCGCCGUCCUGGAUCGGAUGCACUCGAUCCUCAUCAAAAACCUGAAGAAUGAGAUCACAAAGAAGGUGCAGGUGCCCAACUGUGAUGAGAUCUUCUACGCUGGCACAGGGAACCUGCUGCUGAGGGACUCAGACUCCAUCACCCUCUUUGAUGUCCAGCAGAAGCGCACGUUGGCCUCGGUGAAGAUCUCCAAGGUGAAAUAUGUCAUCUGGUCAGCUGACAUGUCCCACGUUGCUCUGCUGGCCAAGCAUGCCAUCAUGAUCUGCAACAGGAAGCUGGAAUCACUCUGUAACAUCCACGAGAACAUCCGAGUGAAGAGCGGGGCCUGGGAUGAGAGUGGAGUUUUCAUCUACACCACCAGCAACCACAUCAAAUAUGCUGUCACCACGGG